AUGGCAACUGUGGAACUAUGGGAACAUCACUUGCUGAAAGGAACAGCAUGGUUUUGGCAAAGGCAGGAAGUGGCCUCUGUCACAAGCUGCUGGAAGAAUAGACAAGAGGGGGGCGUGAUGCUCCAGUUCAGGGACUUCAGAGGGCAAAGGGAACCAACAAGACUGCAGUUUAUGAAGAUAAGGAGUGUACACAGGGAGAAGAACUUGUGGUUACACUUCAUUUGGGAGCCUAGUGUAAUUGAUGAGAUUGCUUUGAAAACAUCAUGGCAACAACAUGAUUUUGGCUUUCCUAGGAGGUUGGAGAGUAAUCCUGUGUUGUAUUUUAGUCUUAAAUACAUAGAUCUUUGGUCCAGUGCAGAGUUUGUAAUUGGGGUAGACCAUCCUGUCUACGCAUUUCGUUUGGCCUCAGCAAAUUUCUUCAAGAUGCUGGAUGUGAUGUACAAUUCAUCUGGGGAUGCCCUUGCUUUAAAAAGCUGUAUAAGCUCUGCCCCUUCCUGUGAUGUGUCUGAAUACCAAGCCAACUGGAGAGAAAUUGUCAAUAAAAAGCUCAAGUUCCCUACGUCUCUCAUCAAUGCAAUCCACGAUGGGAGUCUUUUGCAAGUGCAGCAGCUUCUACAGGUCAGUGAUGGGAUUUUGCGGCAGCUGGACGAUAACGAGGAUCGGUCAUGGCGGGAAGCUCUCAACCUGGCCAUUCGCACAGGCAACGAAGAGAUAAUGAAGACCCUGCUCCACUGUGUCAAGUUCGACUUCCGUCAAAUCCAUGAGGCAUUGUUGGUGGCUGUAGAUACCAAUCAACCACAUGUGGUUAAGAUGCUACUGGACCGACUAGAUCAGGAAAAAGGGAUCAAGAUGGAUAUCAAAUCUUUCUCACUGGCAUUCUUUGACAACUCCAUUGAUAACUCGCGUUUUGCACCUGGAGUGACUCCGCUCACUUUGGCCUGUGAGAAGGACCUCUAUGAGAUUGUGGAGAUGCUGAUGAAGAAAGGCCAUGUGAUCACAACCCCGCACAAGAUCUCUUGCAGCUGCAUGGAGUGCAGCAAUGGUCGCAAGUAUGACUUACUCAAGUUUUCCUUGUCCCGUAUUAACACCUACAAGGGCAUUGCCAGUAGGGCUUACUUGUCCAUUGCCAGCGAAGAUGCCAUGCUGAGAGCUUUUAAGCUAAGCAGAGAGCUGAAGCGACUAUCUAGAAAGGAGCCAGAGUUUAAGCCUGAAUACCUGAGUUUGGAGGACCUGAGUCAAGAGUUUGCGGUGGAGCUCCUGGGGAUGUGUAGGAACCAGAGCGAAGUCACCGCUGUACUUAAUGACUGUGGAGAUGACAGUGAGGAAGAGGAGGUGGAUAAUCAAACCUUUGAGGAAGGGAUCCCUAACCUGGCCAGACUACGUUUUGCUGUGCAUCACAACCAGAAAAGGUUUGUGGCGCAUCCCAUCUGCCAGCAGGUUUUGUCGUCCAUAUGGAGUGGGAAACUGUCAGGGUGGAGAGGCAGUAAUACCCUCUGGAAGCUGUUUAUUGCUUUUGCUAUUUUCCUCACUAUGCCCUUCCUAUGCCUCUUUUACUGGCUGGCUCCCAAGUCUAAGGUUGGAAAAACCCUGAAGAUUCCAGUAAUAAAAUUUCUUCUUCAUUCUGCUUCUUAUCUUUGGUUCCUUGUUUUCCUUUUGGUGGAAUCAUUGAUAAUGGAGAGGAGACACGACAUAUAUGAAGGCCGGAGCCAAGCUAUCUGGCAGAACUCCUUGCACAUGAUCUGGGUGGCAGGUUUUCUCUGGCAUGAGUGCAAGGAGGUCUGGAUAGAAGGGCUGAGAAGCUACUUUUUAGACUGGUGGAACUUCUUGGACAUUGUCACCAUCAGCAUGUACCUGGCUUCGUUCUCAUUGCGAGUUCUGGUAUAUCUUAAAGGGUAUCUUUCUUGCCUGGAGGACCCUCACUCUGAUCUGUGUUUCUACUUCACCAAAGCAGAAAGGCCUGAAUGGAAUACAGAAGACCCACAGUUCAUAGCUGAGGUUCUGUUUGCGGUGACCAGUAUGCUGAGCUUUACACGCUUGGCGUAUAUCCUGCCAGCUCAUGAGACCCUGGGGACCCUGCAGAUAUCCAUUGGCAAGAUGAUUGAUGAUAUGAUAAGGUUCAUGUUUAUCCUGAUGAUCAUCCUCACCGCCUUCUUGUGUGGUCUCAACAACAUUUAUGUGAACUACGGUGACUCCGACAAGCUGGGGAACUUCAAUGAGACCUUUCAAUUUCUCUUCUGGACAAUGUUUCAAAUGGUGGAAAGGACCACAGUAGACAUGAAUCAUUACAUAGUGGCUGAGUUUGUUGGUCGGGCUCUAUAUGGUAUCUUCACUAUUAUCAUGGUCAUCGUCCUGCUCAAUAUGCUUAUCGCUAUGAUCACAAACUCCUUCCAGAAGAUUGAGGAUGAUGCUGACGUAGAGUGGAAAUUUGCUCGAUCCAAACUCUACCUGUCCUACUUCAGAGAAGGUCUGACUCUGCCUGUCCCCUUUAAUAUCAUCCCCACACCGAAAGCCCUGUACUACAUCAUCAGGGGCAUUUGCAGAUUUCUAUGCUGUUUAAAACCUAAGAAAAAGCAAGAAUACCCUCCUAUUGCCUCUAUAACUAACAGGGCUCUUGAAAAAGGUGACCUUGGAGAAAGCCGUGCAUCGUAUCGCCUGCAGGUGAUCAGAGCUCUGGUUCAGAGGUACAUAGAUACAGCCAGGAGGGAGUUUGAAGAGGGAAGACGUAAAGAUUUGGGGAACAGGAUCACAGAGUUAAACAAGAAUGUUAUUCGCCUGCAGUCGGAGGUGAAGAAUAUGAGACGCUCACUCUGUGACAACAAGGCACCUCAGCCCAGUGAUAAUGGGAAUGUGCUGAGUCAUUACUUCAUGAAAGUCAAGAACAGCUUCCAGAACUUUGACCAGGAAUCCAUCAGCUCAGGAAAGGAAUCAUCAGAGGUGACAAUUCAUCAAGACAAUAUGGUCAGUGUGCCUGAGGAGGACUGCCCACCAUACCCUGAGGAAGUGUUGUACACUAGUGUUGUGCGACAGGAUGCUGACCAGGAGUAA